GAUUAUUACUCAGAAGCUGACAAAUUUUCCCCAAAUACUUAAAACUAGUUGCAUUUGUUUAUCGUGUGAGAUGACGUCAAGUUAAACUCGGGUGUGCCAGAGGGUAAGCGUUGCGGCUAACGCUAGCUAGUUAACACUCGAAUGUUUGUACAAACUUGGUCGUAUUAUUAGAAUUUACGGUCAAGCUUGGUUCUUUUACGUCAAGUGUGCUAUAUUAGAAAAGUCAAAAUUAAGGCUCACUAGCUGUUAUGACGCUGUGUGAUGCGAAAUGGAAUCGGGUGCGCGCAAACUCUCGCCCUAUGUUGAAAUGGCGCCUUUAGCCGCCAUUCGCUUUGAGCUCCUUUUGGUCGGUCCAUUUGGCUAACAACGAUUGUACUCGAUGGUUGGACGCUUCGACGCCGCGAUGAGUUACAGCUCCCUCGCUUGGGGCGGACAAAGACGGAAGACGAUGAGACGAAUGGCAGCUUGCGGUGUUCGCUUGAAAAGGUCUUCCAACGUUUCUCUUCAUAAGCGCUUCUCUCAGGUGCCGGCUGGGCAACCGAUGGGGCCCCAAAUGGCGACCGUUCCUGAGUCUGUGCUCCUGUGGACGGCAUCCUCAUCUUCAAUCAACCCACAGGUGGGGCCCGCCUGCUUCUCGUUGGUGCCCAUGGCUCCACCCCCUCCCAGACGAAGAAGCGUGUGGACCCGCCUGGGCUGGCGGCGGGUCGGCUUCUGGUCCUCCCGGAACAAGUAUGGAUGGAGAGGCAGGAGCCGUGCCACCCUCACGAGAGCAAAAGGAACCGGAAGCCCGGCUGUGCGCUGCCUCAUCACAUUGGGAAGCUUCCGAAAGGCCGCUCGGGGUCGAACACCAGCGUCCGGUAUUUACCAUAGGCGGGAGAGCUUCAACUUCAAAGCGCCCACCAAAAAAAGGCUUGACGCGCAGCUGGACAACUACAUGUCCAAGUCCAAGAAGCGACUGGACGCGCAGCUGGACGAUUACAUGGCCAAGUCCAAGAAGCGACUGGACGCCGACCUGGAUGAGUACAUGGCGCAGGGCAGACGGCCGCUGUCCUGGUUUGAAUGA